AUGUCAAGUGAAUAUUCUUUUAGUGAAUUUGAAGAUAAUUUAUGUUCUAAAGUUUAUGGCAAUUGUUUAAAUGAUUUAGAAUAUGAUUAUUAUGUAAAUACUUUACUAGUUGAUAAUGAAAUAGCAAAUGAUUUUGUAUCUGGUGUUGUAAACUUUGAUAUUGAAAAAGAUGGAAAUAAUAUGCCCAAAGCAAUAAAAGCAAUAGAUUCUCUAAAAAAACAAAAUCAUAAUCUUAGAAGCCGAUUAAUGAUUCUUACAAGAGAUAUUCCUUUUAUGAAAGCAUUAACAUCUGAUCAAAAAGUAAAGCUAAUAAUCAAACUACGAUUACAUCUUGAAAAAUUAUUAAGAGAAAAUAAUCAGUUAAAAAAGUACAAAAUAGAUGAUCAAGUAUCAAUGUUAAAUAAUAAUUUAACAAGCAACAAAACAUUAACAGAAAAUAAUAAUUUAAAUCAUUUAAAAAAAGAACUAAAAGAUAAUACAAAAGAAGAAUCUUUAUCACUUCAAAUUAAUAGUCAAGUUGAAAGACUCUUAAUUGAAAACAAGUAUCUAAGAGAUAAAAUAGAAAAUUUAGAAAAUAAUAAAAAUGACAUUGAAAGAAAAAAUAAAGAUGUAAUGUUAAUUAAAACUGAAUUUAAUAUAAAUAUUGAAAGUGAUAAGCAUAAUUCAACGUUUUAUCAAGAUAAUAAUAUUAAGACUAUGGAUGAAUUGAAAUAUCAUGUAAUGAAAAUGAGAAAAUGUUAUGAUGAAUUAUUAAAAAAACAUCUAAUGAUUAUUGAUACACUUAAAAAUAAAGAAGAAGAAAUAAAUGAACUAAAAAAAGUAUUAAGUAAUUAUGAAAAUAAUAUAAAAGAAAAAAAAAUGAUUUAA